CUUACGAAACAUUACUAAAGAAAGUAUUAUAAUAGAUUUUUCUUCUGGAUCGGGGGUCGGAGGAAAAAUUACACAAGACAAACAACCAUCCUCUAAUAAUUCUGGGUUUAAUGAUACAUCAUUUUUCGAAACACGUACACCCCAAAAUGCGCCGCAGGGUGGACAUCCAUUACGGUCAAUUGAAUAUUACGCUCAAUAUUUUGAUGUAGAUACGGAACAAGUCCUUACACGAGCGGCAAAAAGUGUUCUUCCUAAAGACAAUUUUGUUGAUGUAAUUGGAUCAAAUCCAGACUUAUAUG